GUGGCGCUAUGUACCGGAAACUCUCCACAGCAGCCACGAAGAAGAGCGAGGGAGUUCUUCCGGUUCUGUAAUGAAGAUGGCGACAGUGAGGUGCAGAGAGUAAAUAUAUAGAAACCCUUUUCUCUCAUAGUGUCAGAAACAACCCUUUUUAUUCAGACAGCGACGAAAUGUCGACCCGAACGGCGUAUUUCUACGACCCAGACGUGGGAAACUUCCACUACGGUAGGACGCGGGUUGCCAACUUCAGAAAAAGAAUAAGGGAUAAUCGUGUGUCUGAUAGGUAUCAUCCACGCGUGCUCUACAUUGACAUUGAUAUUCAUCACGGUGAUGGUGUUCAGGAAGCGUUUUAUCUCACAGACAGAGUCAUGACUGUAUCCUUCCACAAAUACGGGAACUACUUUUUCCCAGGAACUGGUGAUAUGUAUGAGGUGGGAGCUGAGAGCGGCCGCUACUACUGCUUGAAUGUCCCGCUGCGAGAUGGUAUAGAUGACCAGAGCUACAGACACCUGUUUCAGCCGGUUAUCAAGCAGGUGGUGGACUUCUAUCAGCCCACCUGCGUUGUUCUCCAGUGUGGAGCUGAUUCUCUGGGCUGUGAUCGAUUAGGAUGCUUCAAUCUCAGCAUACGUGGACAUGGAGAUUGUGUGGAGUUUGUGAAGAGCUUCAAAAUCCCGCUGCUUGUUCUGGGUGGAGGAGGAUACACUGUGAGAAACGUUGCUAGAUGCUGGACAUAUGAAACAUCUUUACUAGUUGAGGAGUCCAUUAGUGAUGAGCUGCCAUAUAGUGAAUACUUUGAAUAUUUUGCUCCAGACUUCACACUUCACCCAGAUGUCAGCACAAGGAUAGAAAACCAAAAUUCUAGACAAUAUUUGGAGCAGAUUCGUCAAACAGUGUUUGAGAGCCUGAAGAUGUUAAAUCACGCUCCAAGUGUUCAGAUCCACGACGUUCCCUCUGAUUUGCUGAGCUACGAGCGACCAGACGAGGCCGAUCCUGAUGAGCGAGGAUCAGAAGACAACUUCUCUAGGUGACUGUAACACUAGUGUUUACAAAUUUGGGCUCUAUA